ACUGUACCUACAAGACAGAUUACCCCUUCAACAAACGCUUUUGCAACCGUUGUUGCCUCUUGGUUUUCUAAGGGAAUAACUAUAAGAUAUCUUGUAAGAUCAUCUUGAAUGACAAUCCCAUAAUUGUUACCCCCCUCUGAUUCUGGUAGGACAACGAUAUCCAUAUAUAGUUUUUCAAAUGCGUAUUUCGAGGUAGUGGUAAUUUGCAUAGGGAUUUUGUUACAUUUUCCAAUCUUAUUGAGUUGACAUGACUUGCAACAUCUGACAAACCCUUUGUAAUGCGUUAUGACGAUAGUUACGGUCGCCAUGUAAUGUGAUGAUCGUACAACUGCACCUCCAGUACCGUCGCGGUAGGUCAGUUUUUACUGACAUGAGCCGAGGUGGAUUAAAACUUCGUUCGAGCGGACUUUUCGACACUUGAUCGUCCAGGCGAUCAUAGAAACCUUUAGGAGGUUUCCCUUACUGGAAACGUUGGAGUUUAGAGGCCUUACCUUGGGUAGGGGUCAUAACUAAACUCUUUAAAUGAGAAGUCGAUAGAUGUAGGAUGGGCAUAGUCCUAUCCUGACAGUCCGAACGAAUCUGACCUGCCAUGAUCGGAGUUGGUUUUAUUUAUACUCAAAAGAAGUUAAGGGUUUCUCACAUUUGGUUCCGGGUUGUAUGUUGGAAAGUUAUUGUUUUCACUCAGCUAGUUACGUUUGUCUUUUGUUGGCAAGAAUGAUGGUUCUUGUCACUAAGUUCCUGUUUUGGGUUUAAUGCAUAUACUGUUCCUGCUUUGGGUUACAUGCUGUUCCUGCUUAUGUUGUGCGUUUCGGUUAUUUUUGAUAUGUGUGUCACAUCUGUUAUUUGUUUGAAUGGACGGCCUGAACUCUUCCGGUUGCGGUGCUAUGGCAUGAUCUGAUUUACUGAAUGUGUUAUAAUGAAUGUGUUACAAUGGUGUGGUUUGGCUUUCCAAAGUGUGUUACAAUGUGUUUAUAGCUGAUAGUGUGUAUUACAAUAUGUUCUGUAUAGCAGAUAUGCUACACCUCCUCCCUUUAGGAGAGUAACGAAAAUAAUGAAAUUGUUUGAAGUUAUUCUUUUCAUUUAAUUAAGAUACGUUUUUAGCUAUGCUUAUUUGAUUUACUAAUAUAAUCGUUUCUUAUCUCUUAAGGCGGGUAAUAUUUUAUGUAAAUAGAUCUAUUAUCUAGAGAUAAAGAAUUGGGAAUAUUUAAUUUUCUUCUAAAAUAUUUAGAUUCUCCUAUGAUUCCUUUGUUGGGUUCAUUUCUACAGUUUUCUGCUUUUAUAGAUCUUAUGACUUUUAGCAUGGUAAUAACAUUAUGAAAUUUUUCUUUGAGCUCGUUUGGAAUCUUGUCAUAAGUAACAUUAUUUCUUGGUUCUUUUACAUAUUCUUCACAUAAUGUGGAAUAAUUAUUUUUUUUAGCCUUAUUAUCGUGGCAAUAUAAUUCAUUGUUUGAUUCAUUUAUAUACUUUUUCUUUGAUUUGAUGUUACGUUUUAUUUUCUUCAAAUGUUUUGGCUCAGUUGCAUGAUUGUCGUUGCAAUUAAUUUCAUCAUUUAUUUCCAUGUUGUCUAGCAGUAAUGAACUCUUGGUUACUUGUUCUUCAACCAUAUUUUUCUCAUUGUCAUCACUUGUAGUAAUCAUUUGAAUAUGUUGUUUGUUUUCAUGUUUAUAAUCAUUGUUAUUAUCAUUUUCAUAUUCUUUUGUUAAGUUAUUAUUUUCUUUAAUCAUUCUUUGAUAGUAAUCUCUUGAUCUUUUCAUAUCAUUAUUUGUUUCAUUAUUUGAUGCAUUUCUUCUUUUUGAUUUAUCUUCAUACUUUCUGUCAUUAUAGUUUGCUUUGCUGUUAAUCUUUUUAUAAUACUUCUUAGCAUGGUCUUUCAUUUCAAUAGUAUUUCUAUAAUCUUCAUCAUUUUGGUGGUAAAUAUGAUUCUUAUGUAAUUGAUUAUUAUUAUUAUUGAACUGUUCAUAAUUUAUGUUAUGUUCUGUUCUGAUGUAAUAACAUUGCAUUUUAUUGGAUUUGUUCUGAAUACUAUUGUUAUAAUUGUAUUCGCGGUUAUUAUAUCCUUGGCUAACUUGACUCUGACUACUACAAUUUUUUAACUGAUGGUGGCGUUUAUAGAAACUGAAGUUGUUAUUAUUUCUAUAACUGUAGUUGUUGGAUGUUGUUUGAGUUGUUAUUGUUUGAUUAAAAUUUGGACAAAUUUGAUAAUUAAUUAGGGUGUCUUUAUGAUGAAAAUCCCUGUUGUUAUUUCUGUUAUAGUUAUUUGAUCCUUGGAAAUGAUGUAUCUGUGCGAUGUUCUGCCUAGAUUCACAUUCAUUUACUAUUCUAGUCACUUCGUAUAUUGUUUCAAAUUUUCCUGCUGUUAGGGCUGUUCUUGAGUCUAUAUUUGUAAUUUUAUCAAUCAGAGUUUCCACUCCUUUUCUAACUGCCGAUUCGUUUGCAUCAUCGGCUGGUAUAUUUUUUUGUAUAUAUAACAUUUUUAAUUUUUCAGUAAGCUCUUCUAUCUCAUUGCAUAGGAUUUUUGUAUUCUUUGUCUUUAGUGCUUUCAUAUCGGAUAUUAUAUUUCCUAGUUCUAUCUUUUUCUCGCAUCUUGAUCUUAUAUCUUCCACAAUUUCUGCUACUGUUGAUACAUUUGAAAUUAUUCCUGAUUCAGCUUUUCCUGUUAAUCUGGUAUAAAUAAAUUCAACUAGUAUUGGAAACAUUUUUUUGGCAAAUUGUAUCGAUCUUAUAAAUGAGUUAAGUUGCUCGUUUGAGCCAUUAUACAUGGGUAUAAGAGCCAAAGCGUCUUCCAAAUUGAACUGUGCCAUUAUUCGCGUUUUAAUAUAUUUCAAUUCCGUUAAAUUGUUUGAGAUUAUAUAGUUUAAUUAAAAAUUUUUAUUUUGUUUGAUUUGUGCUGGACAUAUAGGUUAUAGAAAAUGUUCUGUAGUGUUUGUAUUUAUCUUUUUUUAAACUUGAUGCUCAAAAAAAUCAGUAUCGAAAAUAUAAUUGUUUGUUACUUCUUUAAUUAUUUGCUGAGUAUAAUAUUUUAAUAUGCUAUCAUUGAUAGUAAUAACUUGAUUCUUUUGCGUUUCUUUGCGUUUGGGCAUGUCUGUUGCAGCGCAAACUCUAAUGUUUGGCUUGCCUUCGCAUUUUUGUUCAAAUUUGCUUUUGUCAUUUUUGUGGAUAAUUAUCUGUAUCUAACAUGCAAGGGGGAUACAUUCCUAACCUGUUUUUUAUGCUGCUCUUGCCAAUUUAUACAGCCUCGUUAGUAAUAUUUCAAAUUUACGAUACUUUCUUUAAAUACAUAGCAUGUAUUUGUUGUUGUUGCUGUUGCUGAUGCUACGAUCGUUACCGGUGCUUGGUGUUUAAUCGGUGCUAGGUACAUACUCGGUGUUGGAUGUGAAGUUCUGCGAUGUCAUCAGUCGUCGCUCGAUGUUCUGUCGGAGUUGGGACACUUGUCCAUUCUUGCAUGCCAAUCCAUAUUGGGCAGUAGGCUCGGUUUGUCUUUUCGUUGUUCCUUUCAAUCACACUGACCACAGCUUGUUUUGCACUGCACUUUAUCAUUCCAUAUCACUUGCUCCAAGAAUCGUAUAGAUUGCUAUACUGUACUGUGCUGAACUUAGGUUGUUGUUAAAAGUUAGCAUUUUUUUUCUAUAGUUUCCCAUUUCAAGGUUACUCUACUAGGUAAACCGAUCGCAUAAGCGUUAAUACGUUUUUACACAUUUAGGUAGGUUCUCACAACACUGUGUACGGUUAAUGUUUGUUCAUCAAUUAAACAUUCAUUUCGCACUUACACUGCACUAAAUGUUUUUAUUUUUCAUUCUGCACUGUACGGGACUUGCUUGUAGCUGUUCUUUCAUCGUUAUUGUUUUUGUUUAUAUAUGGGUUACUUGCGGCAGCUGCGUUGAUGAAUGUUCCGUAAUAAAAAAAUGCACAUUUGACACUUUUUUCACUUUCCGUCGAAUGCCGGUUAUGGUCACAAUACUUUUGGUUCGUCACACGACACUUAAGCUUUACGUUACCGUUGUACGUAUCACAUUUUACUUGAAAUAAUUUUGCUUACACUUCUGCCGAUCGAUUGCAGAUUAAGGUCACGGUCGCCAUGUAAUAUAUUCGGAUGAUAGCUAAGGUCGCCAUGUAAUGUGAUGAUCGUACAACUGCACCUCCAGUACCGUCGCGGUAGGUCAGUUUUUACUGACAUGAGCCGAGGUGGAUUAAAACUUCGUUCGAUCGGACUUUUCGACACUUGAUCGUUCAGGCGAUCAUAGAAACCUUUAGGAGGUUUCCCUUACUGGAAACGUUGGAGUUUAGAGGCCUUACCUUGGGUAGGGGUCAUAACUAAACUCUUUAAAUGAGAAGUCGAUAGAUGUAGGAUGGGCAUAGUCCUAUCCUGACAGUCCGAACGAAUCUGACCUGCCAUGAUCGGAGUUGGUUUUAUUUAUACUCAAAAGAAGUUAAGGGUUUCUCACAUUUGGUUCCGGGUUGUAUGUUGGAAAGUUAUUGUUUUCACUCAGCUAGUUACGUUUGUCUUUUGUUGGCAAGAAUGAUGGUUCUUGUCACUAAGUUCCUGUUUUGGGUUUAAUGCAUAUACUGUUCCUGCUUUGGGUUACAUGCUGUUCCUGCUUAUGUUGUGCGUUUCGGUUAUUUUUGAUAUGUGUGUCACAUCUGUUAUUUGUUUGAAUGGACGGCCUGAACUCUUCCGGUUGCGGUGCUAUGGCAUGAUCUGAUUUACUGAAUGUGUUAUAAUGAAUGUGUUACAAUGGUGUGGUUUGGCUUUCCAAAGUGUGUUACAAUGUGUUUAUAGCUGAUAGUGUGUAUUACAAUAUGUUCUGUAUAGCAGAUAUGCUACACCUUCAAUGUCACUAUCCAUUCCUCUCCAAAAGAACAACUCCUUGAUCCUUUUCUUCAUUCUUCUUACCCCUACAUGUCCUCCUAAAGGGGCAUCAUGAAAUUCUUGAAGCACGGUAUUGACUUCGCUUCUUUUUUUUCGGAAUUUUUAAAUUUGGUUUUAACUGUUUGUUUAAUCUUAUCUAGCUGUUCUUUUCUCUGCAUUUCCUUGUCAUUUAGAUCCCCAUCCCAAUGUAUUUUUAACAAAUUUUCCCAGUGAUCUUCUUGUUCGUCUUUCACAACAUCUUCUUGUACAUUAUUCUCUUUUUUGUUAUUUUGUGACCCUAAUAUUUGUUUACUUUGUUGGCGUGUAACUACGGCUACUGUCUUGUUUGCUUGUUUUUCUUGUAUUUCAUUCCGAUUAUGUUCUGGUAGCCUUGAUAAAAAAUCAGCGACUACAUUUUCCUUUCCCUUUUUGUAGCGAAUUUCGCAUUCCACCCCUUGGAGUCGUAAUCUUAACCUUGAUAGUAUCGGAGAGUUUUCUUUGAGCCUCCAAAUCGAUACUAACGGUCGAUGAUCAAAAUAAAUUAAGAAUUUUUGCCCCUAAUGUAAUGUUUAAAAUAUUCAACGGCCCAUACAAUAGCCAAAAGUUCCCUUUCAAUAGGAUGGUACCGUUUUUCCGCUCCUACAAAGGAUUUACUAGCAUAUGCAAUUGGUCUGUCUACCGUUGUAUCAUUGGAUAAUACUGCUCCAAGAGCAUAAUCACUAGCAUCGGUUGUAAUGACAAAGGUAUCUUUAUAAUUUGGUCGUACCAGCAAAGGCUCUGAAACUAGAAAUUGUUUUAAUUUUUCAAAUGCCUUUUCACAGUGCUCAUCCCAAACGAAAUUUUUAUUUUUUUUUUUCAGUAGUUCGUGUAAUGGUUUCCUGAUUUCAGACACGCUAGGGAUAAAUUUACCAUAAAAGUUAAUUGUUCCCAAAAACGAUCGUAAUUCUUUUAUGCUUUUUGGUGUUGGCAUAUCUAAUAUAACUUUCACAUUUCCUUGUGUUGGCUUAAUUCCUUGUUCAUUCAUAGUAUGACCCAAAUAAUUAAUUUUUGUAUGAAGAAGUUUGCAUUUUAAUGGUUCAAUUUUAAGAUUGUAUUGCAUUAGUGCUUUAAGAACUUUAAUUAAAUUAAAAUUAUGCUCCUCUACCGUUUCGCCAAACACCACAAUAUCAUCUAGAUAGACAAACGCUUUGACAGGCUGAAUUGAGUAUAGGACUGUGUUCAUUAGUGUUUGUAAUGUUGAUGGGCUAUUUUUGAGAUCCAUUGGCAUUCGUAAAAAUUCAUAGUGUCCCUUAGACGUUGUAGUAGUAGUAUUUAUUUAGACAUAAACUUAAUUUUCUUCACAAUUCAUUACAUUGGUUCUGGUCGCUUAGUUCCAUUAUUCGCACCUUAACUCAAUACUAGCUAUUUCCUUUCUUGUGCUAUGCCAUUUUGAAAUUAAUUAUUAUGGGAUGAUUAUGGAGGAUGAUCCAACCUUUGGGAAAAAUUGACAAUAAACCCUGGUACUUGUUUAUUUUUGUAUUAUUUUUAAUUUUCCUUCUUACGUAACUAACGAAUUAUUGUACGUUCUCAGGUAUUUAACUAUUCUCUAAUUAAUACUUAUCCUAACUUAUUUUAUUUACGUCUAAAGUAGUUCAUUGUGUUUCCCUUAGUCUUAGUUGUCUGUCAUUAUAUUAAGCCAUAGUAUUUUUUAUGUAUUCAAACAAACUUGGUAAAUUUGCUAGUCUGUGUACAUCUGUUGUUCUAUGCCAAGGAGGUGAAUUAAGGAUCCGUUUUAGACAUUUGUUCUGAAAUAUUUGCAGCUUCUUUAUAUGAGAAUUAGCACAGUUUCCCCACACUGGGGAUGCGUACACAAUAAUUGGUCUAAUGAUUGUUUUAUAGAGUGUAAACUGGUUCUUUCUGCUAAGUUUUGAUUUGCUGUUUAUAAAACAGUACAAUACUUUCAUUGCUUUUUCACCACUUAUUUGUUUUUGCUCAGUGUGGUAUUUGAAGGUUAGCCUUUUAUCAAGAUUUAUACCUAGGUACUUUACAUUGUUGUAGGCCGGUCUCGUAGUACAGUCUUCAACUCGUACGACUUAACAACAUGCCCAUCAUGGGUUCAAGCCCCAAAUAGACCGUGCCGCCAUACGUAGGAUUGACUAUCCUGCUAUGGGGGGAAAUCAAUUAGUCACUGAAAGCCAAACCCACAAGAGGUAAAGGCAGGCCUUGACCGACAACGGUUGUUGAGCCAAAGAAGAAGACUUUACAUUGUUGCUCCAUGCAAUUUCCAAGUUGUUUAUUUUUAGGUUUGUAUUAGGUUUUUUUCCUGGCACUUGUGAAACGGGUAAAGUAAAUAGCCUCUGUUUUAUUUUCAUUUAGUUUUAGUUUCCAUUUAGUGCAAUAACCAACGUAUUUUUUAAUGCCAUGACUUAAGUUUUGUAAUAUAGUCCUAGGGAAACGGGCUGAGGACGACACAGAAAAAUCGUCAGCAAAAGCAAAACGUUUUGCUGAUUUCAUUGAGGGAAUAUCCGAUAUGAAAAUGUUGAACAAGCGAGGUGACAAAACGCUACCCUGUGGUAAACCGGCAGGGGGGGUGUAUGGCUCUGAGUAUGUUGAUGACACUUGAAUUAUACACUUUCUGUUUAAGAGAAAGGAUUCAAUCAAGAGAAUAUCUUUGGGAGGAAAUUUUAAUUGAAUAAGCUUAUAAAUUAGACCCUGGUGCCACACGGUGUCGUAGGCUUUUUCUAGAUCGAGAAGUACUAAUCCUGUUGAUUUCUUUAGGCAUCGUUGCACUUUAACUGUUUUGGUUAAUCGGUUCAAUUGAUCUGUGGUUGAAAGACCUUUUUGGAAUCCAAAUUGAUAUGGUGGAAUGAUGUUAUUGUUUUGAACAUGUGUUAAGAUGCGUUUACCUAUAAGUUUUUCAUAAAUUUUUGAUAAGCCGCUUAGUAAGCUUAUUGGCCUAUAGUUUGCUGGAUUACUAGGAUCUUUGUGGGGUUUUUUAAUUGGGACUAUUUUUGCAGUUUUCCAGGCAUUAGGAAAAUAGUUUAAUUUGUAGCAGCAAUUAAAUAUAAAUGAUAGGUAGAUAAUUGCCUUCUUAGAAAGUUGUUUUAAACAGCGGUUGUUGAUUUUAUCACAACCGGUAGAUUUUUUUGUUUUUAGUUUUUUGAUUAUGGUUUGAAUUUGUUUGGGCUUGCAAAAUAGAGUUGGGUCUGUAUUUGGUACCAAGAGUUGCCGGGCUUUAAAAGCAUGCACUGUUUGGUUCACUUGAUUUUCUAUUGAACUUUUUUGUGAAUGGGUGAUGUUAUGCGCUUUUUCAAAAUUUGUUUUGAUAGCUUCACAUUUUUCUUUGUCAGUUAAAUAUGCUUUAUCAUUGGAUCUUAAGGGAGGGAUAAUUUUACAAUCGGAUUUCAUUAUUUUUACGAAUUUCCAGAGUCUAUCAUUGUUUUUGCCUUUGUUCAUUUUGGAUAAAUCACUCUGCUAUGCAGUGUUGCGAGUUUUUUUUAUGUCGUUCUUGAUUUCAUUAGCUAAGGCGUUGUACCAAGAUUUAAGAUAUAAACACCUGCUUUUUCUCUGCCAUUAUUUUCUGAUCAAGUUUCUUUGUUUAAUUUUAUUUAAAAUUAUGUCGGGAAGGAUUAUUUUAUAGUGGUCAGGUGUUUUUAAUGGGACCGAUAAGUCAUGUGCAUUACUUAUUAAGUUGAUAAAGUAUUCAAUUAAUAAAUCAAUUUGUGCAUGAUCUGUUAUUAUUUGCAAAUUUGUAUUAGUAACAUGUAACUUACUAUCAACGAAUUUUCUAAACUCUUUCCAAUUUGCGUGUUGGUAAUCCGGAACGCUUUGAUGAUUACGGACAUAUAUUGUUGAUGUACUAACUUCAAAACCAACUGGAAGAUGAUCGGAGUCAAAAUUCGUGAUAGUUUGAAAUGCAGAAAAAUCAUGGUGAAUGUUUGUAAUAGCAAGAUCAAGGGUAGAUGGUGAGCGCUUAGGAUAAUCAUUAUCACAUUAUCACACGGAUAAUAAAUUGGGCUCUGGGGAUGAUAAAUUGAAAAAUUGCCUUUUUGUACUUCUUCAAAAAGGGUUUUUCCCAUCCUAUUUGACUUUACACAAUUCCACAGCUGGUGCCGCGCGUUAAAGUCUCCACAAAUAAUAAAUUUUCCUGGAAUAUUGCAUAGAGCUAUAAUGUCUCGUCUAAAACUAUCGCAGUCUGAAUUGGAUCCAGGAUUAUAGACAGAUACAACAUUAAAUUUACCAGCUUGCGUUGAUACACUAAUACCAACAGCCCCCUUAGACGUUGAAAAUGCAGUCUUUGCAGCGUUAUUGCGUGCUAUGGGAAUUUAAAAAAAACCGAUUUCAAAUCAAUUGUUGAAAACAAUUUACUGUUUCCAAUAUUGUCCAUAAUAUCAUCUAUCUUCGGAAUAGGGUAUAUAAAUGGUUUUGUUAUUAAAUUUAACGCACGAAAGUCAACAACAAUACGAUAUUUUCGUUCCCCUUCACUAUCAGAUUUCUUUGGUAUGCACAUCACGGGUGCAUUCCAUGGGCUUUUGCUUGGGGUUAUAAUUUUUUCUUUCAGCAUUUCCUCUAUAUGCUCUUCCAUGAUAUUAUUUAAUAAUGCAGGGAAUCUGUACUGCCUUUUAUAAAUGGGGAUGUUAGAGCUUGUUUCAAUUUCAUGCGUUGCCGCUUGGGUAUACAGUGUCGGACAAAUCAAUAGGACCACCUUAUAAUGUUUUAUUCACUUAUCACAUUUCAUUACCUAAAGUGAAUCAAUAUUUACCAAAUUUUCAUGAAAGCACUUUUCGUAUGUUGGCUUAAAGUCUGCUUUGAAAGUUUGUUGAAAAGUUAACAAACAAUAAAGUUAUUAUAAGAAAUAUGAAAAAACCUCAAAAAUCAUGCGACAAAAUAAUAGGACCAGUAUAGAAAAUUUUAUUAUUUUAACCAUUUAUCAUUAUUAAAUAACAGCUCCGGCUUUUAAUUCGCAAUGUGGCCAGCCCGUACAUUUGAAAAACUAAAGAAAAUAACAAAACAGCCUUAUCCUGGGCUAACUAGGUAGCAUUUAAUAUUUUGUUGCAUGCCCUUUGUUCCGGAUGACAGCUCGUAUCCUUUUAGGCAUGGAUUCCACCAUGCCAUGUAAGUUUAUCUCCCGGCAAGUAAAAUAUAUCCUUAUACUCAAUGAGAAUUUUUUUUAAUCCGUUGCCAUUGAACUAUUGAACUAUGAUCGAUAUUGAUUUGUUUCAUUAAUUCCCCAAAUCGUUCUGAGCCCACCAAUGGAGUGCUUUUGCUUGUUUCAAUUAAAUCACAAUCUGUAAGUUGCUUCUCAAUAUUUGGGAGAAGUUCAAAAUUAUCUUGUGGUGUAGUAUUAUUAUCUUCGAUAACAGUAUUUGUAUUCUGUUCCCAUUUUUGUUCUGUUUCCUCUAUAUUUUCAGCUGAUGGUUUCUUUAAAUUUAUUGUUCGAAAGUUUUCCCCAACAUUACCAGUAUAUUUUAUUAAAAAAUCUGCCCCAAUUAUUCCAGGAACACCAAGUGUUCUUAUAACAUAAAAUUUUUUUCGAUACAACGAUUUUCCAUCGUAUAAAUUUAUAAAAAUUGAACCCACAGUGUUGGAUGAUGUUCCGUUAAAACUUGAAAACAUUACUUUAUCCUGAUAAUCUAUUGUAGAACACCCAAGCUCUUUUGCUAAUUCCCAACUCAAUGCAUUCGAACAUGCUCCCGAAUCAAUUAGAUAAUUAAUCUUUUUUUCUUUUCAUUUUCUGAUAAAAUUUUAACCAUCAGUUUACCUUCCUUAGUGAAUGCUAUAUCUACUGAUUCAUAAUUGUGUAUGUAUUCACUAUUUGUUAUCGGAUCCCUUUCGAUUGUUUGUGCUUCUUCUGCCCUAAGGCAGAACAAAUCAGUUUUAACGAUGGGAACACUAGAAUUUUUAUUUAGAACGACUAGUGUUCCGUGUUGUAGUUUUUUUGAUUUGUACUGUUAUGUGAUUGGAGUUGAUUAUAUGUAUUUCUAAAAUGGUUGUAUUGAGAAGGCCCUUGUGGAUGAUUGUUUUGUGUUGGAGUAUAUUGUGAAUAAUUGUUUUGUAUUGGAAUAUGUUGUGCAGCAUAGCUUCUAUACGGUGUUGGAAAUCUUUUUGGCCGUGAAAAAUUGUUGGUGUUGUUAGUAAUGUUAGGAUUGUAUGUAGUGCUGUUUUGUUGUGGUAGCCCAAAAUGAUUCGGGUCUGACAAUUGAGUGCUAUUAAUAUAAUUAUCGCAGCGUGUUCUACUAUUAUUCCGAAAAUCUACAUACUUCUAGUUUCUAGUAAUACCGCGAUUUUGGACAUGUGGGAUGGAUGAGCUUCCGUUAUCAACACUAUUGUGGAUUGAAUUGGUGAAAAGAGCAUUGUUUAUGGUAUCGUUUGUUUCGGAAAUCAUUGUACGAUUUAGUCAUUCUUCUAUUUUUCGGAUGUGUUCUAUUUGAACUACCACUUCCUGGAGAUAUUCUAACAGCUCAUUAAAAUGUAAAUGUUUGUUUGUUCUCGCGAGUGUUUGCAAUUCUGGCUUCCUUAAACCGGCCAAAAAGUGAAUUUUUAAAUUUUUCAUCGCGUAUGAAUCUUCCGUCUUAUUUAUGUCAUUGUUGAUGAUUUGCUCUUUUAGUGUUAACACCCUUUCUUUGUAUUCGGGGAAGGGUUCAUUGACCCCUUGAUGAAGCGUCUCAACUUGUUGAAAAAUGGCUUCGAUGUCAAAUUUUCUCCAAAUUGUCUAAUCAAUUUCAUCUUCACCUUUUCCCACGUAUCUUCCAAACUACGAUUAAAAAAACCAGCUGCUUUUCCUUUUAACUUAAACAUAACUGUACGAAUCAAAUCCUCUUUAGCCUCUCCUUCCGGAAUCUGAUUUGCAAAAUAUUCGAUCUGAUACAAAAAACCAUCCAGAUCUCUUGCAUCUCCGUUAAAUUCAGGAAUGCAAAGCAUUGCCUGUUUCAUGGGAAACUCGUAAGCCAUGCUAUUAUGCGUUCCGUUUAUUGCUCUAUCAAGUUCCGCGCUUUGAUUAAGAAGCUCUGCUUUAAGUAUUUGAAGGCGUUCUUUGAAGCUAAAAUUUUUAGUUAAACACGCUUCACUAAUUGUUGUUGAAUUUAAAUGAUUUGCAGUCUGGGUGAUACGAAUAUUUGUUAUAUUUUCGGUGUUAAUUUGAACAGUUCUGUUCCUAAGAGCCAGAACUUUGUUGUUCAUUACCUUAUAUGUUAUAUGUACGAAAAAAAAAUGUGACUAUGAUUAAUAAAAAAAAUCACUAAAUAAAGGUUUUUUUUCGGACACUAUAACUUUUUCAAAAUAUUUUAAUAACUAUGCACUUUACUAUUAGGCCACUAAAUAUAUGUAUAUUAAAAUUAAUUCACUAGCUAUAAUUACCACUAUGACGCUGCGUUUUCCCUGCGCCACUUAUCACUAAAAUAUUUACCGUUACCAAAUUACCCUGGUUAAGAACACCAGCCAGAAAUUACUUUAUAUGCGCUAAAUUUUGCGCUAUACCGCUGUCACCAGAUGAAACGGUUCGUGUUCUUUAGCCGCCUGUACGGAUACGGCCGCCGUUAUCAGCUGUCAUCGACGGUCUAUAUCGUAGCGGCCAAGGUCUCUACACCAGAAAACUGCCUUACGCACAAGAAAACGUGGUCCACGAAAUCGUAUAAGAACUGCUAGAGAACGACAUAAUAGAACCCUCGGUAUCGGCAUAUAACAGUCCAAUCGUGCUAGUUAAGAAAAAAGAUGGCAAGUGGCGUAUGGCUAUUGACUAUAGAGCGCUAAACCAGAAGACGGUAAAAGAUCGAUACCCACCACCGGAAAUAGAUAGAUGCUUAAAUACGUUAGAAGGCGCAAAAGUAUUCAUUAGUUUAGACCUGUAUUCGGGUUAUUAUCAGGUUCCUGUAGCAGAAUCUAGCAGGGAAAGGACGGCGUUCUUUACGCCUGAUGGACAUUUCCACUUCAAAAGAAUGCCGUUUGGACUAGUAAAUAGUGGAGCAGUGUUCCAACGUGCUAUAGAUAAGAUGAUCAAGGGCUUGAAGCAAAAAAAUGUAGUAGCGUAUGUGGACGACAUAUUAAUAGGAGCUAAGACCGAGCAAGAGGCAAUCAAGGUACUGGAAAAUUUAUUAUAGGCAGUUAAAGAACACGGAUUUACAAUUAAUCUGAAAAAGAGUAAAUUUUUAAUGUCAAAAGUGGAGUUUCUAGGAAUAGAGUUAUCAAAAGACGGGGUUAAACCAGGAGAAGCUAAAUGCCUAGCGCUUAAGGAAUUUCCAACACCAUGUGAUAGCAAGGAGGUCCAACGAUUCCUAGGCCUGGCGGGCCACUUCAGGAGAUUUUUAGAGAAAUUUAGUAUCAUUGCCAGACCAAUACACAGUUUAACAAAAAAAGGUGUGGAUUUCAAAUGGGGCGACAAGAAGAGGAAGCGUGUCAAGCGUUAAAGGCGAAGCUUACAGAAAGACACUUAUUAGCGUUUUAUGACAGGAACGCAGACAUUGAGUUACAUACAGACGAAUCGAAGGAAGGUUUAGCUGGGAUACUGUUAAGCAGAAGUGGGGUAAGAUGGCGACCCAUCAGUUUUUUCAGUCGGAAAACGACAGAGUCAGAGAGCAGUUACCACAGCUACGAUUUGGAAAUACUAGCAGUGGUAGCCAGUAUAGAACGAUUCCGACAAUAUCUGCUAGGCCGUCCAUUUGUGGUAAAAACGGAUUGUAGCGCUGUUGCGUCCAGCAACAAAGCUCUUUAUUUCGCGAAAUAAAAGUUGAAACUUCAGUUUUCUUAAUUCACUUUAACUGUAUUAAAAAAAUCACUGAACUUGCUUCUCUUGGCGCGAUGGUAGAAAGAGGUCGAUUUUCGUCUUCGUGCCCGUUUUAAAACUUCGCGCAAACCCGAUUGCGGUCAUUCCACUUAACUUGCGCAGGUUCAUCCGUUGCACGCGAAGCUCCUUCGGGAUGAACCAUUCCUACUCUCUCUAUUUUGCCCGUGUUUGCUUCGCCUGUGCUACCUGUCCCUCUCUCUUACUUCACCACAACGCAGCUGUCAAACUAGAACCGCUGUUGAUAAACAACAAGCGCGGUUAAAGAUACCUACACUAAACACGAGAUGAACCCUAGGAUUGCAAGAUGGUUCUUAAAAAUGAUAUAUGAAUAUGAAUAUGAUUUUGUUAUCGAGCAUAGAGGUGGUAACAAAAUGGCUCACGUAGAUGCACUUAGCAGAGGAGCAGUAGAGCAAGAGAGAGAAGAGACCAUAGUCGCAGAAAAAAUAUUAGCUAUCGACAUAGAUACCGAAGACUUCUUAGCAACCAUGCAGCAACAGGAUGAUAAACUAGCAGGAAUAUUGAAAACAUUACAAAAACCUGCGACAACUAAUGCUGAAAAACAGAUACGACAAUUAUAAUAUAGAAGGGCAUAGAUUAAUGCGGAAGGUAGCACGAGCGAAUAAGUGGGUCGUACCAGUUAGGGUACGAUGGAGGAUAGUGAGAGCAUUUCAUGACGAAAUGGGUCAUUUUGGAACCGAUCGGGUGUUGGAAAGUUUACGGGAAAAGUUUUAGUUUCCUAAGAUGAGAAAGUACGUACAGGGAUACAUGGAAGCGUGUCCAAAUUGCGCAUACAAUAAAAAAAAAGACUGGACGGCCAGAAGGCUACAUGCACCCGAUACCUAAGGAACCGAUACCAUUCCAUACGUUACACAUAGACCAUUUAGGGCCACUUGUAAAAUCAGCAAGAGGGAACCAGUAUAUAUUAGCCAUGGUGUGCGGAUUCUCAAAGUUUGUAAUACUCAAAGCAGUAAGCUCGACCAAAACAGCACCGGUAAUACGAUUCUUAGAAGAGGUGUCAGCAAUAUUCGGAACACCAAGUAGAAUUAUUACGGACCGGGGCACAGCAUUUACAUCUAACACGUUUGAGGAGUAUUGUGAAGCAAAUAAUAGCCAAAACAUUCGGGUAGCAGUAGGAUCUCCACGAGCAAACGGGCAGGUAGAACGGCACAACAGAACUAUACUGACGGCUCUCCGAUGCAUGGUAGAAGAAGAAAAUCGAAUAUGGGAUGAUAAAUUAUCGCAAAUACAAUGGGCGGUAAAUAAUAACAGAAGCGCCACUACAAAACAGAGCCCAAGUAGCUUGGUGUUAUCGUACCACCCCAGGGAUAUGCAUCGUAAUAUCAUAGCUUUAGUUCUCCACGACGAGGACGAUAAUAAAAUACAAAACAUAGAAGAGAGAAAACUUAAAGCCGUGGAGGAGAUAGACAGAGAACAACAAAAGCAAAAAAUAGGUUUCGACAAACGGCGAGGGGCACCCAGCAGGUACAAUGUAGGUGAUAUGGUGUUGGUAGAGAGGGAUAUAUUGGCCACGGGCGAGAGCCGUAAACUAGAGACACGAUACAAAGGACCCUAUUGGGUAGUGGCAGUGCUAGCUAACGACAGAUAUGUUAUCGAGGACAUACCAGGAGACAAAGGACACAACCAGUGCUGCAAAAUGUCAUAAGUAUCACGAGAUUUUCACCAACGAAAACAAUGAACAUAUCCGUGGUAGCUUGAUGCUCAUUGCUGAUACUCAAUGAAAGUGCAUCAUGACAUGCCGAACAUGACAUGCGAGUGCUUGAGUUAAACGCGAUACUCUGACUGACAAGCUUAGCUUAAUGCCGGCGCAAGCAUAAUCGUGAUUUUUUUUCUGUGAACAGUGCUGCCAAAUGCCACUGUUUCAGUCAUCAACACUCAUGACUGAAACGAAGCUCAAAUCAGAUCACGUACACAACUGAGAUGAUCAGUGACUAUACUCAAACAGUUGGAGAAUCAAUCACAUGCUUGGUGACAUUUAGUUUAGCACCCAACUUUUGGUCACUCACUUGGUCACGACAUUGUUGUCGGCGAUAAUCACGACAUUCUUGGAAUAUACUCGGCGCGUGGGCUCUAGCAACCAAAUGAGCAUGCUUUCUCCCUCUAUCUGUUUUGACUAGCUGUCGGGUCAAACAGAGCGAGAAAACAUGCUCAUUUUGUUUCUUCGAACCACUCGCACGCACCGCAUAUCUCCCGUGAUAAUCGCGAUGAUCACCGACUGAAAAUGACGCGACCGAGUGACUGACCAAGAGUUGGUUGCACACAAAGUCACCAAGCAUGUGAUGGUCGCACCAACUAUUUGAGGCUUGCCUCUGAUCAUUACAGUAGAGCUUGUGACGAUGAGAUGAUUUUGUUGCGGUCGGAAUUUGUCAUGACUAUGUCAGUGACAUUUUGCAAAACUGAUCACAGCAAAAAAAGUCAUGACGUAGUGACUGACGAAGCGAUGGUCACAAACAUGUCAUGAGCAUGUUUUGGUCACACCAACCGUUCUGAGUAUCAUCUCUGAUUAUCACAAUUGAGUACGUGACGCUGAUAUGGAUUUUGUUUCAGUCAGAUUUUUUUGUGACAUUGACAGUGACAUUUUGCAGCACUGGACACAACUACCAUUGCAGACCACGUAUGCGGUGGAUAGACUGAAAAAAUGGAGAAGAGUUCAAGAUUUAGAAUUCGAGGGAAGUGUAGGACAGGAAAACGGCACAAAGAAGCAUACGCGGAAGAAAAAGAUAAUAAUAAAUAAAUAAAGUACCGUUACAAUUGUUUGUGGCGUAAGGACUCUGACCUAUCUACAGUUACCUUCUUAUCAUUUAAAGUGCUAAUACCAGCAUCGCUCCGUACUAAAGCACUGAAUCCAGCAACUUGGCCAAGUGGCCUUCCGAUCCAGGAAUUUGUCGAUCGAAAAAACUCCAAAGCUCUACCGAGUUUUGUUAUGCCUUCACAAACAAAUUACACACCUGUUACCGGUAUGCCAAUCAUGGACGAACAACCUCCAGAAUGCCUGAACACAACUUUGAUCUACCCGGUACUAGAAUUAAACAACCUAAUGAAUGUUGUGGUGUUAAAUGUUCCGCGACUCAGUGCUAUACACAACUACCAUUUCAUUUCGUUCCACAUUCAACUGUAUCGACGCACGCAGAGACCACUAUUGUAAACAAUGGUCAAACACUAAACCCGCAUAAUAAGGACCACCAUAUAUUACCAAAACACAACUAUAUUACCACAUUCAACUGUAUCGACACGCGCAGAGACCACUAUUGUAAACAAACCCGUAAACUAAACCCGCAUAAUAAGGACCUUACCAUAUAUUACCGAAACGUUCAUGGACUACGCACUAAACUUGAGGAUGUUUACAUUGCUUCUAGUGAGCUUGAUCAUGAUAUAAUUGUUCUCACAGAAACAUGGCUUGAAUACUAUCGCAGCAGGUAAUCUGUGACAAAUACGCUAUCUAUAGAAGCGAUAGAAAUGCUAAUAAUAGUGUCAGACAGAUUGGUGGUGGUGUCCUGAUCGCUGUUUCCAAUCGUCUCAAAUGCCUUCCUGUGCACACCAAUAUAACGUGUAUUGAACACUGCUGGGUUAAAAUCCUAUUGCCUUCAAGUUAAAUAUUUGUCAAUUAUGACUGCUUUCGACGAGGCUCUGAGUGUGAGUGCUUCUAUGAACGACAACGAUACGAUUUGUCUGUUGGGUGACUUCAACCAACCAAUGAUCGCCUGGCGUGCUGUCGAUAGGCACUAUGAAACCGCGUCAUCUGUACCUGGCCAAAAUCUCUUUUUGGAUUUGAUAAAUUAUCAUUGCUUAAAACAAAUUAGUGGCAUAGUAAAUGAUCUAGGAAGACAAUUGGAUCUUGUGUUCGUCUCAAAUGAGCUUGAAAAUAGCGUGUCUAUGCACUCAGUCUAUGUCUCCCUUGUUGCGAUUGUUCCGGUUAAUGACCACCAUCCACCAUUGGAAAUCACGCUCCAGUAUUCCCACACUAGUUCAGACGAUAAUUCCGGCAUAGUCUUGCCUUGUGCUGUAUCUGCUUAUAAUUUUGCCAGAGCUGAUUUUGUUAGCAUAAUGCAAGCGUUGAGGGACACUGAUUGGAAUAGACUUCAAAACAUGGAGGUAGAAGCUGCUUCUGAAUACUUAUCGUCAGCAGUGUCAAACAGCAUUCAACAAUUCGUACCUAAACAAAUAUUUACAAAUUCACAACCAUGGUGCACUAGAUACCUUAAAAGGUUAGAAAGAAUGCGUCGUUCUGCGUAUCGUAUAUUCAGUCGUACUCGCAAUGAAGCCGAUAGAAGCAAUUUCCUGGAGGCUGCAAGGAUCUUCAAGAUUCAUAACCAAAAAUUGUAUGCUAAUUACAUUCGCCGUGUCCAGAUAUCCAUUCGGGCUUGUCCAAAAUCAUUUUGGAACUUUAUGGACCGUAAGAUGAAAUGUACUUCCCUCCCAUCAUGCAUGACACUUGAUGGUCGAUUGUUUACUGACACGCGAGAAAUAUGUAAUGGUUUUGCUGAGCUGUUUGCGCGUAGCUGCACGAGCUUUCCCGAACAAAACCUGAAGGUAGAGGAAGCGUUACGUUUUGUGGCUCAGGACUGCGUAGACAUUUCAUUGCCUUCUUUUACAAUCGAUGAUGUUCGUUUAAUGGCUUCAAAGCUGAAACCCUCCUCAGCCUCUGGACCCGAUAACAUUCCGGGAAUAGUGAUCGUUUCAUGCAUCGACGAAUUGGCUUCACCACUAGCAACCAUUUUUAAUAAAUCACUUCGCACUGGAUUCUUUCCUGACCAAUGGAAAAAGUCAUGGAUAUUUCCUGUUUACAAAAAAGGCGACAGAACGUCUAUCUCAAAUUAUCGAGCUAUUUCCAUGCUAUGUGCUCCCAGUAAACUGUUCGAAUUAUUGGUUCAUAAACAUAUAAUGCAUGGCGCUAUUAACGUAUUUACACCUUUGCAACAUGACUUCCUACCAGGACGCUCCACCGUUACAAACUUAGAGCAGUUCUUGCAUUUUACUUACAAGCAGCUAGAGCUUACAAGCUUCCAAGUAGAUACUGUUUAUACUGAUUUUCACUCUGCUUUCGAUAGCGUCAAUAUCCAUACUUUGACUAGCAAACUUUUAAAGCUUGGUUUUCAUAUCAGUAUAGUUAAGUGGCUGAAUUCCUACCUAUCGUGUCGAUCAGUACGUGUUAAGAUUAGGGAUUGCAUCUCUAGAGAAUUUAGCAGGGUAUCUGGUCUGUCUCUAUCUGGGCAGGUAUCUGGGCAUCAUUUUAGGGCCUCAUUAUUAAUUAUCUUUAUUAAUGACAUUGUUUACGCUAUACCUGACUGCCCGGUUCUACUAUACGCAGAUGACCUUAAAAUGUACUUUCCUGUGCGUAGUUCAAAUGACUGUCUCCGAUUGCAAGGCUUUCUUUCUGUUUUUAAUAAUUGAUGUUCCUUAAACUGUUAGUCACUCAACGUCAGUAAGUGCUCGGUUAUUUCGUUUACUCGUGCGAGAACUCCUUUAUGUUUUAAUUAUGUUCUUUCUGACACUUCAUUGCCUCGAUCUGAAACUGUUAGGGACUUAGGCAUUAUAUUAGACACGAAACUUUAUUUAGACAAACAAUUUGACGACGUAAUUGCUAGGGCUAACAGGACUCUUUGACACAUAAUUAGAAGUAGCAAAAUGUUUCAUGACCCUCUCUGUUUAAAAUCACUUUACUGUUGCCUUGUUCGUCCUUUGAUUGAGUACGCUUCAGUUGCUUGGUUUCCGGAGCAAGUUACUAGAAUUGAGAGUUUGGCGCAUACACAUAGACGUAAUGAACAUAAUUAUAGUAAACUAGUAUAGCAGAAAUUAUAGUAAGCUAUCAUUUACAGGAAUAGUUGUGAUUGGUAGAAGUGUGUUAAUAUGGGUUAGAAUAGGAUAGCUAAUACGCAAAGAUAAGGAUAGAAUAGGUAGCAUAAGAAAUUAGGCAUACGACGGAAUUAAGGAUACAUAGGAAGCAAAUGAAUUAAGCUAGGAUUAGAUAGGGAAAUUUUAGUAUAAAUAGCGGGAUAGGAUUUAAGAUAGUCAGAUCAAGUUAGACUUUAUAAGGGGAAACUCUGUCCGAUUAUAGAGAGCAUAAAUAAAGUGAUAGUUACAACAAAAUACCCUUUUUUUCAGUUGUACUUUAAAAGUGAUAUACCACAUGGCGACCGUGACAGGACACGGACAUGCCCGCCAUGCAAUUGACAGCGAUUUGCGAGGGCGCGCGAGGGCUCGCACGCCAUACAAGUUCACCGCCCCAGAGCCCUCGCAUUAAAUAGCUUGCGAGCCUUGGUAGUUUUUUCACAGCUAGUUUUAGCAGUUAUAAUUAUAGCAACCCGAGAGAAGGUAUAACAGUGCAAAUUGUAGCAUACUUAACUCCUGAUUUUUGUCAUUUCAAUCAAAAAUUUAAAAUGUGACCU